CGGCGUGAUGACGUGACGGGUGCUGGCGUACUGUGUCCACGUCGCGGAGGCGCUGCUGGGUCUGUAGGUGCAGCAUUUGUAAGAUCAUCGGCACUGUCUGACUGAGGAGAAGAUGGUCAACGUCUUGAAAGGAGUGCUUAUAGAAUGUGACCCCGCCAUGAAGCAGUUUCUGCUGUACUUGGAUGAGUCAAAUGCCCUGGGGAAGAAGUUCAUCAUUCAAGACAUCGAUGACACGCACGUCUUCGUAAUAGCAGAGCUGGUUAAUGUCCUCCAGGAGCGAGUAGGUGAAUUAAUGGACCAAAAUGCGUUUUCCCUUACCCAGAAGUGAAAAUAUUAGAUACUGACCACUUCAGGAUUCAAAGUAACAGAUGGGAGAGAGGCUGUCACCCUUUAGUAUGUCGUGUGACUAGUUCGACUUAAAGAAUUGCUGAGAAGCCUGCCACGGGACAGACUGGAGUGUCAUUUGUUCAGAAGAAAGCCCCCAGACUGAUUUUCUUGUUCUGUCUUUGUCGAUACAUGUGCCCUAGAAUUAAAAAAAAAGUUUUAACAGUUGGCUAUAA